UAAAACCCUAGUCAGAACCAAUAUAUCUAUCUUGCUAGGGUUUGUGAACUUCAGCCGUCUUCUUCAGAUCUCAUAUUCCUGCAAAUUCCCUUCUUUUCCCCUCCACCCAAGCCUAAAAAAUCAUGGCGACAGCUCAAAUCAGCAAAAAGCGAAAGUUCGUCGCUGAUGGAGUUUUCUUCGCGGAACUCAACGAGGUAUUGACCAGGGAACUGGCUGAGGAUGGAUACUCUGGAGUCGAAGUCAGAGUUACUCCUAUGCGUACCGAGAUCAUCAUCAGAGCCACCCGCACCCAAAACGUUCUCGGUGAAAAAGGUAGGAGGAUUAGGGAGCUUACCUCAGUGGUUCAGAAGCGAUUCAAGUUCCCAGAAAACAGUGUCGAGCUUUACGCUGAGAAGGUCAACAACAGAGGCCUUUGCGCUAUUGCGCAGGCCGAGUCUCUUCGCUACAAGCUACUCGGAGGUCUUGCCGUUCGCAGGGCCUGCUAUGGUGUACUGAGAUUCAUCAUGGAGAGUGGUGCCAAGGGAUGCGAGGUUAUUGUUAGUGGAAAGCUAAGAGCACAGCGUGCCAAAUCUAUGAAAUUCAAGGAUGGAUAUAUGAUCUCUUCUGGUCAUCCUGUCAAUGAGUAUAUUGACUCUGCUGUCAGACAUGUUCUUUUGAGACAGGGGGUGCUUGGUAUCAAGGUCAAGAUCAUGCUUGACUGGGAUCCUAAGGGUAAGCAAGGCCCUACUACUCCCCUACCUGAUCUAGUCACAAUCCACCCUCCCAAGGAGGAUGAAGAAAUCAGGAGAGUAGAGCCUGAGCCAACUAAUAUUGAGGUUCCAGUUAUGGCUUAAAUACUGUUUUGGUUGACAUCUUUUUGAUUUUUGGAAGUAUGUGAGUUUCUUAGUUUUAUGUAGCUAAAAGUUUGGCCUCAAAGACCCCAGCAUUUUGUGGUUUCUUCUUUUUGUACUUUAAUGUUUCUCCUACUAUAGUUAUUACGUAAUUGGUAAUUUUCUUUCAA